AUGAAGAGUGUUAAAGGAAUAACAUAUAUAUUUUUUUCAUUAGCCUUUAUUAGCAUUUGUAUGUGUCAAAAGGUUAAUGUUGUUUCACAUAACGUUACCCCUAGAGUUGAUUCAGAUGAAAAACUUAUUACUUGUGUAACUGAGUAUAUAAUUAAAGGAGAUUUGGGCAUUGAUGAUGGGGGGUUUUGUGAUAGUAGUAUAAACUCAUUACCUCCAACUGAAUCAUGUAAUAAUGGAGGAUCAGAGAAACCUGAAGGACCAACGCCAGGGAAUUACUGUGAUAAUUAUUAUGACAUCACCUUAGUUGUAGAAAAUUCAAGUUUUGUUCAAAAAGAUUAUUGGAUGAAGGGAACAAUCCCAUUUUUAGAGUCAAUGGCAAGAAAUGCAAGAGUUAGUAAAGAUAAAGCACAUAUGUCUAUUAUACUUUUCGCGGGAACACAAAAUUUGAUAGUUCCAUUUACCGAUGAAAUAAGCCAAGAUAAAGAGAAAUUAAUUGAAAAAAUUAGAACACUUGAUGACGCGGGAACAGAUUCUAAUACAUUAUAUGUUUAUGCUUUGGAAUAUGCAUUCGAAAAAGUUAUAUUCGGAGAGGGUACAAGAAGUGAUGCCCCGAAAAUUGCAGUGCUAUUUUAUUAUGGAUUUGACUAUGGAGCAAACAAAAGCUUAAUACCCGAUGUAGUUGAAGAUUAUAAACAAAGUAACAUAAAACUGAUAAUUGUUGGUAUUGGUCUAACUCUUAGGGAAAAUGCGUUAUUACUUGCUGAUUGUAAAAGCGAAGGUGAUUGUCAAAAUGCCAUAUUCCAACCUUGGGAUUUUGUAAUACCUGCAGCAGAACAAGUAAAAGAAAAAAUAUGUAACAAAAAUAAUCCUUCUUCACUGACGUCUGAAAGAAAAACGACGAUAAAAAAUUAA